UUCAUGACCAACAUGGCAAAUAUCACAACGACAGAAUCUCUUAAUAAAUUGCUUUUUACGGCAAAGACAGCUUUUAAAUCGAGAUUUAAUGAAGAACCAAACGUAGCAGCAUGUGCACCGGGUAGAGUCAACCUGAUUGGAGAACACACUGAUUACAAUGAAGGCUUCGUUUUCCCGAUGGCGUUGCCAAUGGUGACUGUCAUUGUGGGCAAGAAGACAGACACCGGAUUAUGCCGCAUAGAGACAAUCUCAAAAUCUAUAGACUCAACCAAAUAUAUUGAGUUUGAUAUUCCAUCAAAAUCAACCCCCAAGAAAGGAAAGAUCGCAUGGGCGAAUUAUGUGAAAGGAGUUAUUGCCUUUUUCCAAGGAAAUGUGCCAUCUUUUGAUGCCGUGAUAGUUAGCUCAGUGCCACUAGGUGGCGGUGUCUCAAGCUCUGCGGCACUAGAGGUCGCCACUUAUACGUUCCUGCAACAAGUCAGCGGCAACACCAAUGAUAUUACACUUACUCAGAAAGCCCUUUUGUGCCAAAAGGCGGAGCAUGAAUAUGCAGGAAUGCCAUGCGGGAUCAUGGAUCAAUUUAUAUCAACAAUGGGAAAGGAGGGUCAUGCUUUACUCAUAGAUUGCAGGUCAAUGGAGAGUAAGCUUGUCCCCCUCACUGACCCAGACGUUGUAGUCCUGCUUACAAACUCUAACGUAAAACAUCAACUCACUGGGAGCGAAUAUCCAUCUCGAAGAAAGAACUGUGAAAAUGCUUCAAAAGUCUUCGGGAAAAAAAGUUUACGAGAGGUUACACUUCAAGAUCUUGAAGGUAAAAAAGCUGAAUUAGAUGACAUCACAUACAGACAAGUGAGGCAUGUGGUUGGUGAGAUAGAUCGUACACAAGAAGCAGCAACUGCCUUAGAAAACGCUGACUAUGCAAGAUUUGGCAAACUUAUGGUAGAAAGCCAUAACUCUCUCCGGGAUGACUAUGAGGUGUCUUGUCCAGAGCUGGACCAACUGGUUGAUGCUGCAAUGGAGGUAGAAGGUGUUUAUGGGUCAAGGAUGACUGGAGGUGGAUUCGGAGGCUGCACCGUAACCUUGGUACCAACUCAUCUCAUAUCAAAGACAGUACAACAUAUGAAGGAUGUCUACCAAGGGACCCCAACUUUUUAUGUGUGUAAACCCUCUGAUGGAGCAAGACCAAUACCCAUAAAUGAUGUCCCUAAUGGACUACAAAAUGGCAUUACUAAUGGACAACCAAAUGGUGUCCCUAAUGGACUUCCGAAUGGUGUCCCUAAUGGACUACCGAAUGACAUACCCAAUGGACUAUCAAAUGGUGUAGAAAAUGGUUUUUGAAUCUCAGUACAAUUAACGGUAUAUUUACAUGUGAAACUUUACCUGUUAAAUAACACAUAUAACACAUACCAAAAUUUGCCAAAUAUCAAAUAUACUGUACUUUACAUAUUUAUAUAAGCAGGGACUUGAAAGAGUAUCUUGAGUGUCCUUAGUCCAUGGAAUUCUAUCUUUUUAAAGAAUCCUCUUGGAAUCUGUCACCUUACUAUUUAAGAUCCUAUGCUAUGAGCAAGAAAUCUGAGCAGUCAUCGUGAUAAUGAACAAAAUACACCCCCUUUCAAAAGUUUGGUAACUUUGACUCCCCAUUGGACAGUAUGUUAAAGUCCGAAGAGUAGGAGUUGUCAAACUUUAGGAGGGGAGUGUACUCCAUAUUAUACAUAUUUUUAUAGAAUCUUAAAGAUCUGAUGUUGAAAUACAAAAACAUUGCAUGUAAUUGUGCCUCCUUAUUUGCCAAAAGUCAUGGCAAAAUGUGUUAAUAUUUUUGAUGACAAUAGUAUGUUGUCAUGACGACAGAAUAAUAUAUACAUUAUGCUACAUUACAAUGCAUGAAGGUGUAUAUUAUUGUACAUGUUGUAUUUUGUCUGUGUUGGGCAGUUAUACAUGAUAUUGUAUAUGUUUAUUACAGACAGUGCCUGUAAUGUCAAAUUUUAGUUAAUGUAUAUUUUUUUAUUUCUAGUUCUACACAUAUUUGUUUUAGUGUGUAACUGUGUAACUGAAUAGUGUUUUGAAGUCUGAUUUGUUAUUUAUUUAUUGUACAGUAAGGUCAUGCUUGGUUUCAUUGUAAUGCAGAUGCU